UCAAAAGCACAGGGGAAAAUGAAACUGCGACCGGAGUGAAAAACUAGUCAUGUUGUAGAGUGUCCUUCCGUGACGGCAACAGCCGACAGAGAUUAGUUAGUUAGAUUAGGUGGAAAACACUACUCACUACUCACAACAGAUUCAAACAAAUCAUGUCAUCCGUAGCUGGAAACUUAACCUGCGUGGUGGCGGCCGUUGACGGCAGCGAACAGAGCAUGACCGCUCUCCGCUGGGCCCUACAAAACCUCAAGCUACGAUCACCUGCUUCCGAUUCCACCAACGCUGGAUCCUUUGUUGUUCUCCACGUCCAAUCCCCACCCUCCAUCGCCACCGGCCUCAACCCCGGCGCCAUCCCCUUCGGCGGCCCAACUGACCUGGAAGUACCGGCGAUCACGGCGGCGAUCGAGGCUCACCAGAAGCGUAUCACUGAAGCCGUACUCAAUCACGCUUUAGGAAUUUGCGCUGAAUUCAAUUUGGCUGAACCGAGGAUCAAGACCCAUGUCGUUGUGGGAGACCCAAAGGAGAAGAUAUGUGAAGCUGCACAGGAUCUAAAUGCUGAUGUGCUUGUGAUGGGGUCCCGUGCAUUUGGCCCUAUUAAGAGGAUGUUCCUUGGCAGUGUUAGCAACUACUGUGCCCACCAUGCUCAGUGCCCAGUCAUUAUUAUCAAGGGAAAGGACAAUGUCGACAAGAAAAACUAGAUUGGUGGCCACAUUUCAGUUGCCGUUGAUGAAUCCCUUCAUUUGAUCAAAAGCUUUUUCUUGCUUGUGAUUUGGUAUCCUUUGCUGGACACAAUCUGUCAGAUCCUGGUGUCUUCACAUUUUCAGAACGGUGGUGCUGUCUUGUGUGUAAAGUCUUAGCAGUUAAAGUGGCUCAGAGAUGUGUUGUUACAACUUGAAUUCUUGUUCUAAAGCAUUUUGCUCCAAGAAAGUUUGUAUUCUUUAAUUUCUUCAACUCAUUUGCUCUCUGCUCAAUCAUUUCUUGUCAGUUGAGCAUAUUCAGCAAGCUGGUAUAAGUGUCAAGUUGGGAGUGUAAAUACUGUUUUGGCUUUGUGCUGGGUCCAGUAUAUGUUGGGGGUGAUGAAUAAAUAAUAGAUUAAACAUAAAUUUAUAUGUAUAAUGACAUUGAAAUUUAGAAGGGCCAUGAUUAUUGUUAA